AGCAGCUGGCCCAGGGAUACACAGUAAGUGACAAGACCUUUGCUUGAGCAUAAGCACUUUGGCUCCAGAGUCUAUGCUUCUGAUCAUACUGUAUUGCCUCUUGAGGGAGGGUAAGACUUCAAUUGAUUGGAUUUGAUGCUACGGAGUGGGAGUACACAAGAGAGGCUUACUAAAGAGGUGGUUAUUCCUCUGUUUCUAUGUAGAGGAUGUGAAGACAUGGACUAGAAUGGUUCAUAGGGUACAAAUGCCAUAAAUAAAGUUUAAAAGAAAAAAUGCAUAGUGGACACUAUAUAUGGAAUACUCACUGGAAUGGACAGAGAAAAAGGUAUCUCCUGGAACUGCAAUUUUCCUGACCAUAUCAAUUCUAACAUUUGGUUUUAUCAAAAUUGGACACUGAUCCUAAACAACAAAAUGCUUCUUCUGAUGUUAUUUUGACACUGUAUGGAGACUUUCCUGGCUGUGUUCAUCUGUGAUCCUCAGUGACUCCAGCAGCCUUCCCAUGUUGAAGGAUGAAUAAUUGUCCUGCUCUCACUGUGAUAAAUGAUACUCACACCACCCCCCAUACAGUUUGUGCAACACCAAGGUACUAUUUUUUAUGUGGACAUCAGGUUACCUGAUCGUUAUGCAAGCCUAUCCUGUAUAAUACACUUUUAGACUACUUUAUUAAUAUUAUGAUUAUUAUUAUUUUUGAGACAGAGUCUCAAGGUGUCACUCUGCAUAGACUGCCGCGGCAUUGCCGCUCACAACAACCUUCGACUCGGGCUCAAGCAAUCCUCUUGCCUCAGUUUUUCUAUUUUUAGUAGAGACAGGGUCUCACUUUUGCUCCAUCUGGUCUCGAACUGAUCUAGGAAGUUAUUUCUGGAGCCUUCCCUUUCCUCAACACCAGCCCAAUUGGAAUGAAGAAAAUUUUGGAUUCCUAGACCUCAGAAAGGCAAGUGCUAAUCCGAUAACUCAAUCUGACAUGAAAGGAUUAAGUAACAAUUGCAUGGAUUAGAUUUUCCUGAGAGGAGCUGCUGGGUUUGGACAUCCAUUGUAAGGUGGAUCAAGAGGUGGGUCAUUUAGGUGCAUAUAUUUAGGACAGACCCUUGGCCCUUCCUCACUUUUUCCAAGUCCUUGUUCAGCCAGCUGCUCACCCUUGCCUUUCUCCUGAGUUGGGUAGUAGCAGAGUGUGUGGACAUGGGAACGAGCGCUCCUGGGAAGAAGCCAUGGUGGACUGUGCCCGACAACUUUCAUAAUCCAGCGACAAUUCACAUGGAGGAGGACCAGGAGGAGAUGAUCUUUGGUCACAAUGACUCACACCUUCGCUGCAUUGAGGUGCACAGUUACACCCUCAUUCAACUGGAGAGGUGGUUUACAUCCAGAGGCCAGACCCGUGUCACUGUGGUGGGACCACCCAGGGCAAGGCAGUGGCUGUUGCAUAUGAUCUGGUGUGUGGGGAGCCAGGACUCCUAUCAUAGGGCCCGAGGCCUCGAGAUGCUGCGACGUGUCCGGAGCCAGGCCCUGACCGAGGUUGACCUGGCCACCUCUACAAGCAUGGAGCCCAACAUCGGAGACUUAUCUUUGGCCACCAGAAUAAGUGGAACUAUCUCUCUUAACGUUCCUCAGGCUUCUCCUUUCCAAUUGGCCGGUUGUAGUGGAUUCCAUCUGAGUUCACUCUAUCCAUGAAAAAGGACUGAUCUCCCUGGGGAGCUGGGAUGUGGGGGGAUGUGUUGGGUUAGCCUUUGAGAAAGACAUGAGAGGCAAUGGGGGGAGACUGACUUUGUCCAUCCAGUCCGGUCCCUCUCAGGCCUUCUAGGGGUAUGUCUGAGGGAAGUCUCCCACAUGUAAGUGUUCUGUUCUACUGGCAAAGAUGCCAAUAAA